AUGCUUGUCACGCAUGAUGAUGGCAGCGUUAAGGUCGUGCGCAAGCGUGAUGCUCGUAACUACACAUGCUUUUCAUGUGGAGCUCAUGAAUCUACCCUCUGGAGAAAACAUAACGACGAUAUUCAAUGUAAGUUUUAUUAUGUAAAUAAAUCAAAUUACUUAUCUUGA